GCGACACUCCAUUUCAUGAUGGCCUCCCUUGCUGCAGUAAAUGCAGAAUUUUGCUUCAAUCUAUUCCGAGAGAUGGAUAACAACCAAGGAAGUGGAAAUGUCUUCAUUUCCUCUCUGAGCAUCUUCACUGCCCUGGCCGUGGUCCGCUUGGGUGCACGAGGUGACGGUGCUGCUCAGAUGGAUAAGGUACUUCACACCAAUACCAUGUCAGGACAUGGAAACUCUCCUAAUACUCAGCCAGGACUCCAAUUUCAACUGAAAAGAAUUCUCUCUGAUAUAAACACAUUCCACAAGGAAUACGAACUCAGCAUUGCCAGUGGUCUUUUUGCAGAAAAAAUGUUUGACUUUCAUGAGGAAUAUAUUAGGUGUGUUGAAAAAUUAUACAAUGCCAAAGUGGAACGAGUUGACUUUACAAAUGCUGUAGAAGAUGCCAGAUAUAAAAUUAAUAGCUGGAUUAGAAAUGAGACACAUGGCAAGAUCAAGAACAUCAUUAGUGAAGGUAGCAUCAGUUCAUCGGCGGUCAUGGUGCUGGUGAACGCUGUGUACUUCAAAGGCAAGUGGGAGUCGGCCUUUACCAAGAGUGACACCAUGCGCUGCCGUUUCAAAUCUCCCCAGUGUCCUGGAAAAGCAGUUGCCAUGAUGUAUCAAGAACGGAUGUUCAAUCUGUCUGUCAUUCAGGACCCACCUAUGCAAGUUCUUGAACUCAGAUAUCAGGGUGGCAUAAGCAUGUACAUCAUGCUGCCUCGGAGUGAAAGCCUCUCCGAAAUUGAAAACCAACUGACCUUCAAAAAUCUAAUGACAUGGAGCAGCCCAAGAAAAAUGAGGCAUCAGUACGUCAAGGUGUUUAUUCCUCAGUUCAAGAUAGAGAAGAAAUAUGAAAUUAAACGUUAUUUACAAGCCCUUGGGCUGAGAGAUAUCUUCGAUGAAACCAGAGCUGAUUUCUCUGGCAUAGCUUCAGGAGGUCGUUUAUCUUUGUCAAAACUGAUGCACGACUCGUACAUAGAAGUUAAUGAGGACGGCACAGAGGCGGCUGCUGUCUCAGAAAACACUAUUGUAGAAAAGCUACUCCCUGAGUCUACCGUGUUCAGGGCUGAUCACCCAUUCUUAUUUGUCAUCAGGAAGAAUGACAUCAUCUUGUUUAGUGGCAAAGUCUCUUGCCCUUGACAGUCCAAUUGGUUUCUAUUAUGAUAGUCCCAUCGAUAUCAAGGAACCACCACAUGUGAAUAGAUAAAAUUUAAUAGGAAGCAUAUGGAGCUCCCUUUAGUUCACUUUCUCUCACAUUGGUCAGCAGAAGACUUUGGUGACUUGACCUUUCUCUGACACCUGGUUCAUUAUCCCCAUCUUGCUCUUAGCAUUUCUACCUCCGUCUUCCCCACCCAUUUAUAAUUCCAUUGUCUUUCUACCCACACUCAUUUCUACCAGUCUACUCCAUAGCCACUUGCACACAGUUCUGAGCAUGGCAUCUGGGAAUUGUGGACAUGUACUCCACUGGGAAUGACAAUGUAGAAGCCACCCUAGAGAUCUUUUCUGAAACUCUAGUGUCCCCAAUAGUCUAGUUUUAUUGUACAUGGUCUAGAAAAUAAGCCCACCUGCUAGAAAUAAGUGUGAGGGAUCACUUUUCCUUGCUGACCUAAGAAGACAUUAGAAUUGACUUGAACAUUGAUGUGAAAUCAGUCUCUAAUCUAAAAGCAAAAAAAAUAUGGAUUUGGGAUUAGGGGCCAACCAAAUUAUUUCACGGAUAACUUCAAGUGAAUGAAUGUCUUUUGGCUUUUCCUUGAUAGACACUUAAUAUGUACAUAGCUUUUUCAAAUAUUAAAUACCUUUUAACUGUUGCCAGUUGUUAUGUACAGUGUAUUAUUUCAUAUGCUGUAUAGUUUACAUGUGUUUUCUCUAUUUAUCAGAAUAAAGAAAAACAACAUAA